AUGAUCAAGACUGUUCUUCUGGUUUGUCUGGCCACUGUGGCUGUGGGAAAAGUCCUAGACAAUUCCGAACUCCGUGAUUUUGUCGAGGGUGUAGAGAAGUUAAAACGCGGCGAAGGAAUCACAGAAGACGUUGGAAAUCGGAUUGUAGGCGGAAAUACAGCAGCCAUUGGACAAUUUCCUUAUCAAGCGUCUGUGAGAACUACUGCCAAUUGGCAUUUCUGCGGAGGAUUCAUAGCCAACAGUCGCUGGGUGAUUUCUGCUGCUCACUGCACGAUCAACAGCACUCCCGGAAACACAAUUGUAGUUUUAGGAGCGCAUUCUAGAACAACUGGAGGCAACAGUUUCUCCCUCAGCACUGUGAUCAACCAUCCUAACUUCGAUGAUUUCUCUCUCGCGUUCGAUGUGUCAGUUCUUCAAACUGCAACUACAAUUGCCUUCAACAACCUCAUUCAACCCAUUGCUCUUGGUUCAGAGCACAUCGGAGGAGGAAUCACUGCAGUGGUGUCCGGAUGGGGAAUGACUUCCUCACCUGGUAGCCUUGCGAAUGAAUUGCAGUUUGUGCACGUGCAAACUUGGACUAAUACGGCCUGCAGAAAUAUUCUGGGCAGCGACAGAGAAUGGUGGGUCUUUGAUCACAAGAUCUGCGCUGGAGGCGUUCAGGGACAAGGAGUGUGUUCUGCUGAUUCUGGAGGACCUUUAGUCAUUGGCAAUUAUGCUAUUGGCAUUGUUUGCUGGGCCAUUCCCUGUGCUGUGGGCUACCCUGAUGGCUAUGACAGAGUGUCUUCUCACCGUGCCUGGAUUCAGCAGCAUAUUGAGUGA